GCCACCCGGUUGUCUCCCAGUAGCCGAAAACUGUAGAAGUGCCAGCUAUAGGUGCCUUCGCUGUGGUCCCAGAUGCGCUGGCAUUGGGGACAGUGCCACAAUUAGAAUGGGAGACAAUGUAGUACAGUUGAAACCGAAAAGAAUUCUUUAAAUUGACCAUCAUUACUAAUGUCUUCCUUGCUUCUUUUUACAGGGUUUGGGUGGACCGAAUGCACAAUGAAUGGAGGAAUUCAAAAGCCAAGACUCAUUACCUGUUCCUUAUAAACUCGUUGUUUAUAUAUUCAUCUGCUGUGUACCGCGCUCUUCGUAUUCCGCCCCGUUGAAUACAUCUGUUUCGGUCCCACUCGCUCGUUCUCGUAUUCGGCUCAUUGGAGCAUCGUCGUCUUGCAUCACUAUCGUUUCGUACGAGUUACUGCCCUGGACUUCUCGUCUCUGCGUUGAACUUGGUCUACGGAACAUAUUACAAUGUCUCUCAGUUUCAUCAGGAGGGCAUUUGGGAUUAAAAAGUCGGAGGAGAAAGAAUUCGAUAAUUUAAUAAAGUUUUUUGAAGGUUUUGAAUCUUUCAGUGGUUGUCAAACACUUACCAAGAAUUUUAAGAGGAAACACGUACGAUUUCUUGUUAUCGGACAUGAAGGCAGCAAAGUAUUCUUCGACUCUUUUCCACAGAAGGAUGGGUCGAAAUCGUUACCGAUUUUUACCUUUGGUGCAACUCAAGCCAACCUGGCGGAUUUCGUAUUUGGUUCCGACUUUUUGAGUUCGAGCAAGGAUCUGCUUUAUUCCAUCAAAGUCCACGACCUCGGUGCAUCUGGCUAUUUGUUGAUUACACGGGUCGUAAGCGAUUUAGACAACUGGCUUGCUUCUCGAGCGUCUCCUAGGCCUUCUUUGAAUAAAAGAUCGUCUCCAUCGGUUCAGCAACUGAGCUCUAGGUCAGAAACAUCUGUUAAAAACACUGUUGCUGCUUGUCUCCUGAUCAACGUCGAUGGAUGGAGUAGCCAACCUUUUUCCGCAGCUUCCAAUAAGACUGCAAUUCCAUCAACUCGCACCACUCAUCGCAGUUUUUCUCAUGCGGGAUUUGACAACCACCGAUCAUUAACAGACACUUUAGAUACGAACCAACGUUCACAUAUCUCAUUCAAUCGGUUUUACCGGAUGCUUUUUGAACACUGUGUCCCUCUGAGCAUUUUGAUCGAAUCACUCGCUAGUGAUGCCUUUUUAGCUAUCUGCAGAGCCCGCCGCAGCCACUUGGGAUCCCGUCGGGCGUUGUCAGAAUCCCAAUGCAGUGAGGCGAUAUCGUUUGCCUUCUCAAAAUUUAUGAAUUCGUUCAAAGACUUUUUCGCUCCUCGUUUAUGCUUUCCAGUCUGGGCAACCUUAAACAAUAUUGUCGCUUCCACGACGGAAAAAACUGUGCAGCAUGUCGACCAGCUUCCCGACGAUACUGAGGGCCAUUGGUCGAAUUCGUUUCUCGACGUCCCGUUGAGGAAUUCCACCAAUAGCAGUACUCGAGCGAUGUACGACGUUUUGGCGGAUAUCUUCCUUCGAUGUUGCUUGUCUCCGCUUGUUUGUCGAGAUGGGAAAGAACAUCGACAUUUUCUCGGCCAAGUUGUAACCGGGUUGUUAAUGCUGCACCCUGGUUGGGUCACCAGCUUGAUGGCCUCAUCGUCUCCGAGUCUGGCGGCUAAACUACCGUCACCCACCUCUCAUUGGGCCUUUCUACCGAAUGUACUCUUGCAUCAACUGCUUACCCAGUGCGGGUGCAUGAGCACGAAUCUGAAUUUGCUUGGUGGAAGCAUUUUUAACUGUACUAUUCUCGUUGGCCAGUCCCGCAAGUAUCUGUUGGCCCUCCUUUAUUUUGCCACUUACUUUUUACGCUUCGUCUGUGUAUUGUUUUCAACCGAAUGUGUUCCGGAUCUUGGAAGAGCCGAUCUAUUUGAAUUGGAGCAACAGCGAAGACAGUCACGUGGAAGUAUCAAAACUCAGCGCAAGUCCACUUCAGCUUCUAGCACCAUCGGUGACCCACAGGACUCUGGAAUCAGCUCGCAAGAGGAUCUCACUACCUCCAUGUACUCCGCAAGCACAGGUUCAUCCCCAACGCAUGCCUCCGGUAUGGCUUUAUGCAUGACCAAUCGGCUAACACGCGAUCAGUGUCGAAUCGCUGAGUUCGCAGCGCAGUUGAUGGUCAGUCGCGAGGCUGCGGCGGCGGCCAGUGUUAUGCACCAGAAUACGACUAAUGUCACAAGUACCACCAGGUCUACGACAGAAAUGUUCAGUCAGUCGGACGCGACCGCAUCUUUGGGUGUUAUUAAUUCCGCCAACCCAUCUCAUUCGCGUUUAACGGAGAUCCCUUUGCUUAUUGAGAAGUGCACUGAUGAGCAAGACGCUUUAUGCGGUUGCUUGUCUGUCGAAUUUCUUCCGCCUCAGCUCACGGCAACCUCACCUCGCAGCAGCCUGAGUGCCUCCACCCUUCACCGGAGUACACCCACUCAUUGCGAAUCACCUGAUUUGUUUGAGGCUUCAAGACCUCUACAAAUGACGGGUCAUAAAUGCAACGCUACCUCGCCGAAUGGAAGUCACUCUAAUAAUCACUUAUUUGGCGCCAGUGAUUCAUCGCCAUCCUCUUCUCCCUUCGAUCGAAUCGAAUCAACUUCGAUCACCAACCACCUGCUGAUUGGGAAUUCAGUGUCCGAACACUUUACCUGUGGAUUGGCCUUACAGGCGACAUGUGAACCAUUCGAAAGCUUUCGAACACGCCUAAUUGACCACCUAGUCCAAUGGCUUAAACUUGGACCCAUCAUAACUCGGGGACUGAAUCUUGCUGCGAAGAAAACUAUAGUUACGCUACGUGACGGACGGCAAACAAAUCAACAUCCAGUAACCUCUCACUGGUGCUCUUCUUCCCUUAUUGUCAACACUGACAACAAAACAGUUGAGAUGCUUACAUGCCGCCUACCGCCUGCCAUGGAGUCGAGUAGUGUCAUCGAUUCUUCCCCGUCUUGCUCUUCACCGCAUUUCGGCUCACGACAUAGCUUUGCUCAGCCAACAUUUGGAAGCAAAUCCAACUCUCCGAGUCAUGGUUCUCAGACUUCUUCAGCAGCUCAAAGUUACGCUACUCUGACUCCGCUCCCGUGUACAGUGAAACCUGCCGAGUUGGUAUUACAUUUGCUGGACCAAACUCGUGUGGUGUUCGAGCGAACAGCCUGCGCAUCCUUGGCCCUUCGAGAUAUGGAGAACACGUUGUACUUGAUCUAUUACAAGAGCCGAGUUCUUGCUGACUUGUUGAUGAAAACCGGCCCGUCGUUUCUGCAUGACUUUGACCGCAUGGCAGCGGCUGCCAGCUGCUCGACAAGCGACAUUCCUUUACUGUUGUCCACUGCCGCCGCUUACUCUUCGUCUGCAGCGUCGGUGCUCUUUGAACAUCACUCUGACUGGUGGAUAGCUUAAAGUGGCAUACUUUCUUAGAGCUCUACUUCAGAUGACUGGUUAAUAGAUCUGACCUCUGAACUUUCAUUUUUGCAUUGUCUUUCACCCAUGUGUACUGUUUUAAUUUUGGAUUGAUGGUUGCACAUGUGUGGUUUUCUUUUGAUGUUCUGUUUACUGUCUUCUUUCUAUUGUUUGUACCUUCGUUCUAUUUUCUUUGGAAUUGUGUACUCUUUAUGCAACAUCUUAUGGUCUCCAUUUUCCUCGGUGAGUAAACAUCAUUUCUGCUAAUUACUCCUGUGUAACUUUGCUGAGUACUCUAUCGUUGCCCUAGUAUCUGCCAAUUAUAUUAGAGGCUAUUUUCUUUUCAAUAUAUCCUGCCCCAACUUGUU